AUGGACUCUCAUGAUCAGCCGACACCAGAAAAUCCAGAGAAGGUGACUUCAGAUGAACAAGCUGCUGAUGGUGCAAGUCCAGUUAGGUCUUAUGACUGCACCUUUUGCAAGAGAGGUUUCUCUAACGCACAAGCACUCGGCGGCCACAUGAAUAUUCACCGAAAAGACAAAGCUAAGCUCAAGCAAACUUCUUCCUCAAAGAAUCAAUUGGACAUCUCCAAGAUUAAUCAACCCCCGUAUUAUUUUACACAGCCACCAUCAAAGGAUGUUGUGGCUACUACCACUCAAGACAGAAGCAGUUCGAAACGGCCUUGGAUUCUUGGUGAAGAAAAUGAUGCCACGUCUAACACUGACAAAACACAUGUUAGAGAAGUCCGACAACUACCUUUGUUUUCUGAAAGACCACUGAUUAGUAGUCAAGUUCAUGAGAACACUGAAAUUGUUUUGUCAUCAUCGAGCUCAUCGGGGUCGGAAUUGGACCUUGAACUCAGACUGGGACCUGAGCCUCAGGACUCUGCAUCAGCAGCGGCCACCAAAAAAUUCUUCUGAAUUUUAAUAUGAUACGCACCAUGAUCUCUC